CAAAGUAGUAGGACGCAGUUGGCCGGAACGCUCCACUCGCUGCAUAUAGCGGUCAGUUGUGGCGUCUAGUGUAGUUAAGGCAUUGCCGCGAAAGAAUCGAAUACAAGAGAAGACUUUUCGCGGUUAGAGAAGACAAACGCGAUCACGUCAAUUUAUCUGGCCUUGCAAGUCGUAAAGAAGUCGUAAGGAUAUUGCAGUGUGACAGGAGGACGCGUAGGGCGUUAGGCAUAUCUUCGUUGACUGUAUUCAUUGGACGCAUGACGUAAUUGUAUUGAUCGCGGAAGAAGAGCCGAAAGUCGCGCAUUCGCCAUCUUGGACGAAUUGUGGAAAAGAAGAAGUUUGUGGUGUCUCGCCAAAGGCGCGGUACGAUUGUUGGAACUGUAAUCCACGGCGAUCCGUGUGUCAAAUAGUUUUAUUGGGAUUUAAACCCGUUUGUGAAGUGUAAACCCAUUUGGACGGACCAAGACAAAGGGUUCGUUCGUUGGGUCUGAGUGGUACUAAAUGGUUGCCUGCAGACAGCAUGUCUACUCUGUCAGGGAUUGUGUCGAAGGGGGAGAAAGGAAAAUCCAAAUUUCAAUCGUUAGAUAUCAAUAGUUUGUACCGGGUGAGUAGGGGCGAAUCUUUGGAGCAACAUCAGCAAAAAAGCACACUACCACGCAAGCAUGGAAUGCAAAGUUUGGGAAAGGUGCCUUCGGCACGGCGGCCACCGGCUAAUCUGCCUAGCCUGAAGAGCGAACACAGCAAUAGUGACCCGGCAGUCAGUCUAGUACCAAGCGGCGGAAGCGGUUGGGCCACCACCAAGGAACCUGCACCAUCAACUACUAAUACUACCACCUCGGCAACAGCAAGCACACCCUCUGAUACCACUACCAGUAACUCAUUACCGGCACAAUGUGCGCCGGGGACCAAUCCCGCGUCGACCACGCCACUACACCCACCACUGCCAGGACAGCAACAAAACGCUUCGCAAAGCCCUCAAUCUUCAGACGCUUCCAACAAGUCGUCAUGGAGCGCGAUCAUGAGCAGACCAGGAGACGUUGGUGGGCCCGUUGCGGCUGCAGUGGUUGGUUAUGCGGGUCUCGUAGGGGGCGCGAAAAUCGGAAGAGGUGCCCUUGGACUGAGUUUCCUGGCUCACCAGUCCCCGCAGUUCCAACACGAGUUUCCCAGUCUCAGUGGACAGGCUUCCGUCUCCGUCUCUGUCUCCGUCUCCGUCUCCACUCAGAGCCAGACUCAACAGUCCUCGGCAACGUCCAAUGCGAUUCCGGUCGCUGUCCAGCAGCAAUUGCUGGUUCAGCAACAGCAGCAGCAACAACAGCAACAGCAGCAACCAUAUUCCCACAACCACUCAGGAGGUCCAACUCCUGGUCAACAGCAACAGCAGCAGCAACAGCAACAACAGUCACAGCAGAAUCGAGAGUUGAAUGCACAGUACGGACCAGGCCCGAGCCUACGUCCUCAAACAGAGGGAAGCUGGAUCCAAGGUGGAAGUCGUACGGCAGGAGGACCUGGAGCAAGCGGAAGUGGGCCAGGGAAUGGGAAUACUCCGGGGGUCCAGGGCCCCCCGAUAGGAGGGAAUGUAGGUGGUACAUCGGCAGGACACCAAGAUGCGGCCGGUGGCGGACGACCGAACUUGGCCCAAUCGCCGGGCAUGGGCAUGGCCCAGGGAGGCCCAAACGGAACUCAGAACAAUCAGAGCCUUGCCCCUUCCGGUUCACAUCAAGUCGCUCCGAAUAUGCAUCAUUAUCGAGGACUGAUCCCUCCAUUCAUGUACAGAGGAAAUUUUCCUGGCGGAUUCCCUUCUCAGUUCCCGGGGAACAUGGCCGGCUCUGGUGGACCUCGACCCAGGUUCAACUAUCCUCAGGAACGUUUUCCACCACCACAACGGCAGCAGGAGCGUGAACGUGCACAGCAGCCCGUGGAAGAGGAACUUAUUACCAGACCCAUUAUCAAGGAAGAAGACCUCACCCAGAUGGAUGAUAUUUCCCGUGAAGUUGGGUGGGCAGCACAUGACGAUAUCGACUAUAAUCAGAAACUGGCCUUCAGCGAUGAUGAGCCUGAGUCUGAGCCCCUGAAAAAGGACGAUCAGAGAGGCCUGGAGGGCUCUAAAGGUCCUAGUAAGGAUGACAAAAGAGACGAAACUCCAUUGGAGGAUCGUGACAAGCUUAAGGAUAUCCGUAACGAUAGGGACAGAGACAGGGAUUCUAGAGACACAAGAGAUCAGUCAUCUCAUCAUCCUUGGAAUCAACAACCUUCUACUGGUCCACGUGAUUUCCGGGGAACUAAUAGACCCUCUACUUAUCCUUCACAACAGCAAAUGCGAUCUGGACAUCCUCUGCGAGGCGUUGAGGAUGAGGAGAUCUGGAAUCAGAGACGUAGAGAACAAGGCGAGAAAGUGGCAUCUGCGGUGGAGCGAGCUCGGCAACGUAAGGAGGAAGAGGAAAAGCGUUUCCAAGAAUUAACAAAACAGGCCGCAGCGAAGAAACUUCAGGAUCUGGAGCAGAAACUUAAAGAGAAGCAGGCUAAACAAAAGGAUGACGAGUCUGUGGUUUCUUCAGAACCCAAAGGAUCAUUGAUUACCGUUCCAUCAGUUCCCAUUCCCAUACCAGAAUGGGAACGCGAGCGGGAAAGCAGGGAACGCGAAAGAUCGCGUACAUCGUCCGAAGGAAGGGACGAGAAACUAGUAGGAAACCGUGAUGCCGUCCGUGAUUCCAGAGAAUCUCGUGAUCAGUCGGCGAGCGAAUGCCGUCCGGUCGAUCGUCCUGGUAGUACUACCAAAGGGCAGCAGCAGCAGGAAGUCUUGCGUGAUCGUGAACAGCGUGAACGUGAACGGGACCGCGAUCGUGACCGUGAUCGUGAUCGUGAUCGUGAUCGUGAACGCGAAAGGGAACGCGAACGUGAGCGUGAUCGUGAUCGUGAACGUGAACGUGACCAAAGGGAAACUAGGGAUAGAGAUCAACCAGCGUUCUCGCGAUACUUCCAGAACAAUCUACCUCCUAGGUUCCAGAAACAACAAGCUGAGAGAAGUGGUGCUGGCGCUAGCGUCGGGAGUGGCGCUGGUGCUGGCUCUGGUAGUGGCGGUGGUAAUACUGGUUCUGGUUCCGGUUAUAAUCGUGUUUCACCGAACACCGACCGACCCUCCACUUCCCAGCCAGGUUCCUUUUCUCAGCAAUACGAUCCUGGGAGAUGGUCACACUGUAACCAUCCCAGUUCACUGACAGACAGCGGCAUGAAGCAGUCACAUUCCAUGCCACCACCGCAACGUCGUAUCAGAGCUGAUUCCGAACUGUCCGGAACUCCGGAGGAGGAUAGACCUCCGUCUAGAGAUCUUCGUAGUGCACCAGUUCCCUCUAGAGAGGAACGUUAUCGGCACUCGUCUCACCGAUCAUACGACAGCCGUAAAAACAGCGGGUAUUAUGAUGAUUAUAAUCGUGGCUACAGGGAAUACGAGUAUGAUGAUAGGCACUCGCGUGAUUCCUGGGAUCGUGAUAGGCACUACGCCGAUAAAGAUCGAGAUUCGAGAGAUGCACCCCGAGACAGGGAUAAUAGAGAUACCAGGGAGAAGAAGGAUUACGACAAUUAUUCAAAGAAUUCGGUUCAGCAGGAUCCGUUCGACGACCGUGACUUGCCUCGAGAAAGAUCCGAGAGUUCUGAAUGGCGAGAUGAUCGACGUGAUCUACGCGACGAACGGAACUUGCAAGACAGACCAAUAGAGGCACGUCGUGAUCCUCCAAGGGAUGAGCGCAUAGAGCGUAAUGACCGUCCUCAACGACCUGAUUCUCGGGACAGUCGUGCAUCCAGGGAGUCAAGGACGUCUAUACGCGAUGAUGAAUCUCAUAAGUCGCGUGACUGUGGCUCUUGGGUCAAUGAUAUUUCUGAUUAUGAUGAGAAGAAGCGUGAUCCUUACCGCGAUGAUAAUCGCGAUCGAGAUAGGGAUCGUGAGAGAGAUCGCGAGCGGGAACGUGACAGAAGACAAGCACCAGGUCCCGUGACACGGGAGAAAUUGGAAGCCGAUGAACUCAAGGCCGAAAAACGUUGUAUGACACAAUUAAAGAGGUCCAGCAGCGAGCUAGAGAAAAAAGACGUCAAUAAGGAGAGUCCUACUGAGUUGAAAAAGGAGUCGGAAGUAUGGAACAGAAAGUUGGAACGUGCUCCGGAAAAUGGUAGAGCAAUGGAGAGACCUGGUGACAACUCACCGAAAGCCUGGGCUGAUGCAGUGUCGCCCACUUUUGAGAAGGAGGAAGAGAAACUGUUAGAGCCCAUCAAGGAUGAAAAGGACUUGGUGGAUCUCAAACAGAGCAUGGAAAAACUCAGUGUAGAUAAACGUGAUGAUACACUCGCCGAGGACAGCAAGGAAGACUCUAAGGAUGAGAAGCGCGAUAAGAACGUACGCAACAGGACUAACAGUGGCAGCUCCAGAGGACGGGAAUCUCGCGGAGGUCGUCCAUGGGGUGGUGCAUAUAGCAGUGUAUAUAGCAGAGGAUGGCGUGGACCUGAAUGCCGAAGACGCCGUGGAGGCCCUCGUUCAAUGUGUCGUCCAGGAUCUGCUAGAAGUGGUUCUUAUGGUCAUACCGAUUCUGAGAUGAGCGGAGACGAGAUCUCUGGGUCAACUGAAUCUGGCAAGGAGGAAAGAAGGUCGACCAGAUCACCAAAGCCAUCUCAGAAACUUGAGAAGGAGGAUCGUAAUCGAGAAGUAUCUCGACGUGAAGAAAAACGCGGCAGUGCUUCUGGAACUGGUGCCAAUGUGACUGUUGGUAGUGGCAGUAACAAUGCUGGAGGAACUGGUGCAAAUGAAUAUUCACAGUCUCGCAACGAUAAGAGAAGUUAUGAUGGUAGGCCAAGUCGCGAGGGUUUCGCACCAUCCGGACAACCUUCUCGUUUGGGUCGCGGGGGGUUUGGAAUGCGUGGUGCAACUACCGGGGGUCGCAUGGAGGUUUACGGUCCACCACCGAGCAAGAGUCCUUUCUCAACCGAACGGAAUGCGGACGAAAAGCUGAGUGGUGGUUCUCAACAAAGUCCUCCUACGCCUACACCAGAGAGUGAAGCCAACGCGACUAUGUCUUCACAGUUGGAGUCCUCAGAUGACAAAAUUAUUGCCAAGCAACAAGCCCUCACUGCUGGUAUUACUGGAAGACACGCCAAGUCAACGAACCAGCAAUCUCAUCAGGGUAACAAUAAGCAGGAUAAUAAUCUUACUGGUGGCCAUAACCCUGUGCCACAGAGAACCCAAUCCAGGAAGGAGGAACCGCGUUCCAAAAGAAACCAAAGCGGAAGCAGACGAGGAAAGGAGAGUCGUGAAGCCCGCUUUCGCGCCAGUGGCAGUAACAUUUCAAAACAAAACUCUCUGGACGUAGGAAACGAAGAAUGGGAAACAACGUCAGAAAAUAGCGAGGAGCACGUCGAGGAACGUAAAGAAUCACGUAACAGCCGCAAUAAGCAAUUUGCUAAUCGUGGUAAUCAGGGUUCAACGCAAAAUCUCUCGAGCAACAAUGCUCAGUCGCGCAGAGGCGAACAAGGUGGAAACAAUCGUGAUCGUGAAAAGAGUUCCAAGUCUUCCAGUGCGACUUCGCGCGCGCCAGGUGCCGAGAAGCGCAAUGCGCAAAACUCAUCGUUCAACAAUCCCCGAAAUCAUUCUGGAAAUAUACCACCAUUGAUGCAAAAUGCACAAGCGCAAAAUGGUCGACCUCGUAGUCAAGGCUCAGCAAACAGCGCACCUAUCUCUGGCAAAAAUACAAACAAGGAGAGCACCGUGAACCGCGUCGACGAGAUCAAGCUGAAUAAUCCUAAUCUCGUGAAUCAGGUACUGAGUGACAUGAAGAAGAAGACGCAAGGCAAGGAUAAAAAAGUGAUUGAGGUUGAUACCGAAGUUAACAAUUAUUCAGCCGGUGGUGACGAUGCCGUUAACAGUGCUGAAGAUAAAUUGGACUCUGACGGAUUUCAGGAAGUACGUUCCAAGAAGAAUGUCAAGGAGUCUAGGCACAGUCAGAAGGAAGAGCCUAAGUCUACAAGACGCGAUAAGGACAAGGAACGUGAUCGCGAUCGUGAUCGCUCUAAAUCCAAAUCUAAUGGCUCGCAACCUAAUCCCCAACAAAUUCAGAAUAUACCACCACUAUUGGGUCAACCCAUUCCUCAACCGGCAAACAUGUCCGCGAAACAAUUUGACCGAAAUCCAAACCGUCAGAAAUUGGCGCCCAGAUUCAUAAAACAACGUCUGGCAAUGCAACAGCAGCAACAGCAAUUGGGAACGAAUGAAUCGGGUUCAGAAACUAAUUCAAAUAAACUUGGCAAUUCUAACAACCCUGGUUAUAACAAGGAUUCGUCUUCUGGAGGACCAGCUCCACCACCUACCGUUAAUGCUUGGGAUAAACCAUUUACUAGCCAAUUGCGCUCAAACUCGCCAUCUUCAUCAGCAGCUGUGCCAGCAGAUAUUCAGCUGAUGUCGGGUUUGACGGCUCAGAAUGAUCAUAGCCAUGAAACUAAUGAGCAGAUAAACUCCGGUGGUAGUAGUCAGCGAAAUUCACCAAAUAAUGAGAAACCUCCUGGUAAGAUAACUAAGGACAGUAUAGCCGUGGAGAAGAAUGUUUCCGAUGGUACAUCACCACCGUUGAAUACCUUGAUCUUCGAGAACACGAACUACUCGAAAACGACAAAAUCAGCUCCAACGGACUUAGCUAUCAAGUCAAAAUUCUCUAAUCACAUCAAGAACCAGCCCAGGAUAGACAAGCGCAGUGGUGACAUGGAGGAGGAGAACGGCCAGCUUCAACAUCAGCAGCAGGCGUUAUCAGUAGCAUUUUCGAGCAAGGCCAACGAUCUUAUGAAGGACAAGAGUGCUCAGCAGGAACCGAUUCAAAUGCCGUUGUCAUUUACUAAGAGCGAGGAUAAUGCAGAUAUGAAACUCGACUUCACAUUUGACUCCGACUUGUCUCAGUUGACUGAUGACAAAAGCAAGUCCUUGGGCAUGCCGAGGUCUAUGCACAUGACUGGUGGUCAGAGCACCAUUUCGCCAUCAACUGCCGAACUAAACUUGAAGAUUGCCUCCGUGAAGAAGGUCUGGGAAAAUACACCGCCUAUGCCUACCGUCGUGGAGCACGAGGACGGAAGCGUUGUCAGCACUCCCAAUAGCUUCCCACAAGCCUUUGAAAGUAGCAACGUUGAUGACAGUUACAAUCCUCAUCAGCAGUACAAUCAGGCCAACAUGAAGAAUGAAAUAACGACAUCAACAAAUGUGUGCAAGCUGGUUCCCCCGCAGGUGAAGCCGCAGCAACAAACCUCAGGUAGCAGCGGAGCACAGCCAGGGUCAGCGGUACCAGGGCCGAGUCCGAUUGGACCAGGUCAAAGUCCAAUAGGACAUCCGCCAGCCAGUCUUCAGGGUCCGCUUAGUCCACCACCAUUCAAUUCAACGGGACAACCCUCUCAUAUAAAUUAUCAGGAGUUCCCGCAGUACCCAGGUUCUCAGGCGGCUCAAUAUGGCAGCAUGUCUGCCAUCCCAUCUCCACCUGCUGUACUGUUCAAUACUGGUUCGGGACAAUUACCAGCUCAAGCUGGUGGUCUGUAUGGAGCGUUCCAAUUGGAUCAGAGUCGAUCCCCGUUCACACAGUAUCCCCCCUAUGGGCCAUCUCUGCAGAGCUCAUUCAAUCAGCAGAAUGUUUAUCUUCAGCAACCACCACCGCCGCCGCAUGCUCCAAAUGCUCCAACUCCAGAUAUGUACCAGAGUAACCUGUCACAAUAUAGAAUCACUGCAGCAGCUGCACCACCAUUUGGUCAGAAUCAGCAACUAAGCAACAAUCCAAACACAGUUUUGAUUAGUUCUUCAUCAAAUUCACUGAUGUCUGCUAGCGUGAAACCUUCCUCCCAACCUAUCGGUGCAAUCGGUACCAAAGCGCCACACUUUCAGGCGCCGUCUGCACCACAACCAAAUCAGCUGACGUACAUACCAUACGAUCCCAAUCAAGUACUAGGAGUAAGUGGCAGCUAUAUGGGUAAUUCGCAAUUGGUACAACGGCCUGGUCCAAGUGUUCAGCCAUCGGCGAACAGCUAUUACAGCGCCACCUCCGCCGGUAAACCUAACACCCUUCUAUACGUGUUUCCUGGUUCGCAAACAGGCUUCUAUCAACCUGGUGGAGCAGCGCAGCAAACUGGCACUCCCUACGGGCUCCAGGGGUUUGGACAGCACAGUCAGAGUCUAGCGACAGGAAAUGCAACCCCAGUUGGCCUCCAGAAUUUUAGUUCCCAAUUUCUGUCUGGCUCGGGUCUACAAAUUGCAGCCGCAGCUGCCGCACAGCAAUACCGUAACCCUGCCGGAGGUUUGCCAGGACCAGCAAAUGCAGCUGCAACAUUUCUUAGCAAGCAUCAGCAACAGGAACAACCUAGGCAGUUGAAGAGUCCCUCGGGAAAUCAGCAGGACGUGCUUGCUUCGGUUUUUAGUUCAACGCCUCAGAUACCCUCUCCAAAAUCAAGAACUUGCAAGCAGCAAACGCCCUCUCAACAACCUCAACCAAGUCCUACUCAGCAUCAUAAAUAUCAACAAUAUCAGGGCGUCAGUCAGUCUGCUCUGGUAAGCAGCUACAAUAACUAUGUUUUGCAACAGAAUGUCCGUGGAAUGGGAAUGCCUCCACGGGCAGGAAUUCAGCCGUCGCAGCAACGAUACCCACCACCGAUUCAGAGACCAGUGGUACCGUUUCCACCAGGUCCUAAUCCAAACAAUCCCUCGCAGCAACAACCUAAUUGCAUGCCAUCGCAGCAACAACAAACGCAAAUGAAUAGACACAGACCGAAUUUGCACCAGCAACAGCAGCAGCAACAACAGCGGAACAUGAAGAUGCAGCAACAAUAUUAUUCUGCACAAGGUAACGUCAAGAUGGAUUCGACCGAUAAGAACGAUUCACACAGUGACAAAAUCGCGGAUGCCGCAAGCGGCACCCAAACCGGCGGAACUAAGCCAAACGUGAGUCAACAAGAUGGUGAGAACAAGGAGGAAGUGAAUCAACAAAAUGAAUAAAUUUAAGGGAAUACAAUGAUAACCGACGAAAAACAAACAGGACACUACCACGUGAAAAGUUACUUUAUUGCAUAGUAAUUCGAAGAGAAACGAAAAACCCCGAAGAGAGAGUUCUCGAAUGCCAUCUCGCAUUUUGGCUUUGACAUAGAAACAUGGAUACAUGUAAAAAGAGCGGUACUGUAUUGUAACACUCGCCUCCUCCAUUUUAUCCUAAAGAAACGGAAUAUUCCUGAGCUAUUUAUACACGAAAUGCACAUUUCUUUGGGACACACUGAAUAUGAAUUCCUAUAUCGUGGAGAUUCUCUUGUAUUUCGCCAUUUCCAUCUUUGACGUACGAUUUCUAAUAUGAAAUAUUUCCGUCCCGCAAUGUUUUUUUAGAUUAGAAAAAAUUUAUCUCUUUUGUUUUUCUGUAUUAUUAUUAUUCUCUUUUUUUUAAAGCAUUCCUAAAGAAAGACAUGUUCGCUAAGCGGACGCGACAGCCUCGCGCCUGUAAUUUUCAAUUUGUAAAUAAUAAAAUAUCGUUGACGGUCUAGAGUGCAGGAAAAAAUAUACUUAAAAAAAAAAGAAAUCGUAAAAUGGUCGUGAUGGAGGAAGGUUGUGUGUCCGUGAUUUUAAAAUUGAAUAUUAUGUUUAGAGGAAAAGACGAUUUCCGUAAGUCGACACUUGCGUAACCAUGGUGCGUUCUUGCAUUGUACGAAUCUAUCACAGAAAUAAUUUCGACUCAAAGUACGGCCCACUGCGCGUAUUAUCUGUAUGUUUGGUCGUCGAUAUAAUUAAUUUUUUUUUUUUUGAUCGAUCGACAAACAAAAGAUUCAGAGAAAUGCGAAAGCAAUGAAUUAUAAUACGAAGUAGGUAAGGAAAGGAUUUUAAUGAAUUUCACGAUUGACAAAUUUAAAUCGGUCGAAUCGAAAAGUGGUAACGAAGAAAAAAAAAGUAUCUAAUGUAUAUUUAAACUACUGCCAGUCGCGUGGACGACACUAUGGGCGCUCGUAGACGCGCUAACGCAAAUGCGCAAACAUAAGAUUUUGUCACCUUGAAAUAAAUGACACUAUUUGUCAUACCCCCGACGGGCGUAACGAUACGGCCGUUUUAUAAGAAAACUAAAUAACAUUUUUUUGAAAUGCAGAUGUAUCGGGAAAUGAAAGAAAAAAAAAACGUAAGCACGGAGUAAAGUAAACGAAUAAAAAUCAUUGAAAACUCGCUACCAAUGUAUCAGUAUAUAUGUAUUUGCUCCACACGCGUGCCGCGUGCUAUUGUCCGUCGUGAGCAAAAUAUAAUAAUAAAAGAAAGAAACAGAGAAAACAUCUCGUUGUUAUACCGAUACCGAUACUAAAUAGAUAUUGUUAUAAGUAUACAGCGUGCGUAAGGACGGUGUGAUCGCGCUACUCUUUGAAAAAGUCACUUUAAUUUAAAGUGUGUCUCUCCGUUUUCGGAAGUUUUGCGAUUUCUCGGAUAUUUGGUAUGCGCGCGCACAUAACGACUAAUGAAAAAGUACGGUAUAAAAAGUUUACUGUGCGUGUCGUGCCGAGAUAUCGCGUUUUAUUAUAAAACGAAAACCGACACAACCGGCAGUAAAUACAAUUGAAGGACAACAUGAAUAAACUUGAUGCACGCUGUGCCGAGAAACAUGCGUAACAUGGAAGAUGACCAGGAACAUUUAUCUUUGGGUAGCUAUGAACGCAAUGAAGAGAAUAAGAAAAAUGAAUACGACCAUGAUAAUGGCGAGGACGACAAUUUACAAGGGGGGAGAUCCUAAGAAGGUAGAGUAGAGAGUGCCUUCGAUGCGCUGCCGCACAAAGUACACAUGCAUUAUGCAAACCAGCGUGUAUCCGCAUAGGCGAAAAAGUCCUGAUAGAAAAAUGAAAGAAAAUUUCAGAAAAUGGAAGAAAAGUUGAUAACUUCCAGGGAGGAAAAGGAAAUGGCGUUUCAAAGAAGCUAGUAAAUGGUUCUUUCUCUUACUACUAUUGCAGUUAUUAUUAUGAUUAUUAUUGCGAGUAUAUUAUUAUUAUUAAUUAUUAAUUAUUAUUAUUUUCGUAAAUUUAUCACGAUUAUAUUGCACGUGUACACUCAGCAGUAUACGAGAGUGAUGCGAAAAGAUAAGAAACGUGAAGGGGAGACGAUUGAUAAAUAAUUGAGGUAACGAAGAAGUAAUAUGGCCGAAAAAAAAUAUGGAAAAUGUGUUUAGGCUAUUUUAAGGAUUUAUCGAGGGUAUUCGAGUCUGUUUAAUCACGUCUAUAUUGCUUAUAUGUGAAGUGGUACUUCUUGAAUUGUGUCCAGGUCACGAGUGGGCGAGAGAGCCAGGGAGCUUUGUGGGUUCGUAGGUCAGAGUUUAUUGUAUUCUCAGGCACUGUGAAAAAUUGAUCAGAUUUCGUGGAGUGUUCUUUGCUACAGUUGUACUGAGCAAGACUCUGGAUCGCAUGGUUUUUUAACUAGGAACUUGAAUACCAAUUGAAUUUUCGUUAAACCGACUGACUACUGCCAGUUGGCUAUCUGGCUGGUUGGUUAGUAGACUGAUUGCUAGACAGCUGGUUCAUUCUGGCUAGUAGAUCGAUUAUUAGCUGGACGGUCCGUGGACCGAUUACUAUCCAGUUGGUUGAUAAGUAGACUGAUUACUAUCUAACUGGCUCGCCAGCUGACACUUAGUUUACGCAAUGUUAGCAACUGUCGCCGUUAACGCCGACGACCAUAAAUAAAGUAGUAUUGCAUUUGUAUUGAGAGUGAAAGUGAGAGAGAAAGUAACGUGGGUAAAGUGCGACAUAACGAUGCCGCAGGAUCCCUCAAUUAAUGUAUUAAUUAUAAUGUGGCCGCAAUUAAGAAGAGGGAUCCGUUUGAAAUGGAUCAUUGUUGACCUAAUCGCCACGAUUAUUAUAUUGCGACUGACAAUACGCGACCUUGUAGAUAUUGUUUUUAUUUCAAAGACUGAACCUCGUGUGUGUGUAUGUGUUGUGUCGUCGACGGACUGAACUGCGAUAACUGUGUUGGCUGUGGAGGAUGAAGCUUAAGUAACGGAGGAACGAGAACUGAUGGAAGAAAUGAAAUAAAACGAGACGAUGUGAAAUUGGGAUGAAGUUGCCAGAAGUUUUACAAAUGUCGGAUAAAUGAACAGGCACGGACCCAUAUUGAAGAGGGCAUUCUAGCCCUCAAUCCCUGCCACUCUCACCCUCCCCUGAUAAGCACUUGUAAUUUUAUCUAUUUGUAGUUAGUGACAUGACAACAGUAACUUAUAUAUUUACCUGCUAAACGAUAAUAAAAUAAUUAAAGGCAAAUACACAGAA